AUGUAUGGAACCGUUAUUGGUUUUCUGGCUGUACAAUUUAAGUAUCGAGCUUGUGUACUGGCGAAACAAGCAUGGGUUAAAUACUUUGAUAGCUGGAUAUUGGCUUUCUGGGUUCUUUAUACAUUCUCCAACGGAGUUAUAUGGGCAGCCGGAACUGAAAUCGUUAGACCUGAUGAGUAUGCUUAUCAAUACUUAAGUCAUGAAAUCAUGACACAGUAUGGCGUCGAUGUUCGAAAAAUCGCUCUUUUUGUAUUUGUAGCCUAUGAUUUCAUGUCGGAGUUUGAAAUAAGAUACAGUAUGCACCAAAGAAAUGGACUGGAACUUCAAUGA